AUGUCGAAAGCAUCUCUCACCGGAAAGCGGCCUGGCAUCUUGCCAGAGACGAGCUCGGCGUCCGCUCAUCCGACUCACGCGAAGUCGCUCUCUUGGCAAGUCAAGCUGGGUCUCGCCGCCUUGGUCGCACUUGCAUGGCUGUGCUUCGACACACGCGGACACCGCUUCCGCAAGCACAACCCUGCCCCCGUGCUACCAACUGACCAUGACGGCCGCCACGGGUGGGCGAGCUUUCCCCGCAAGGACGAUCCUUUUCAUUUCCUGCCUUGCACCAAUGAGACGCUGCCGCCACCGCGCCUGGAGGACCCAUAUCCGCUCGAAUCGUGGAAGCAGCUCUACCAGCCUGACCCGACUCGGUGGCUUCGGGGUGAGACAAACGAACAGUCGCUCUACCUCUGUGGCUGGCUGGAUGUGCCUCUCGACUACACCAACGCCUCUGAUCCGCGAGUCGCUCGUCUUGCUAUCAAUCGUUUCCAGCUAGAUCCUCUCCCUUCGAAUCGUACUCUUGUUGUCCAUCCCGGGGGAGGUGAAUCCGGUACUCAAUUUGUCUUGUCCGAAGGCGAACUAAUAUCUGAAGAGCGCUCGAACAAAACCUUUGACGUGCUGGGCUGGGAUCCCCGCGGGGCACUCGCAUCCCAACCCUUAAUCUCGUGCUUUCCCCACAAUGCAGAUCGCGAUCGUUGGAAGCUGCUCACCACUCGAUCCUACAAGGAAGGCGACCCACGACAGAACAUGCUUGUAGCAGAUGCUAUGAACGAAGCCGUGUUCAAAGCAUGCCAAGCAAGAUACGGCGACGUUGCUGGCAUGCUCACCAUCGCCUUUGUGGCACGUGACCUCGAGGAGAUCCGUGGAGCCAUACAAGAGGAUCAGCUCAACGGCUACUUCGUCAGUUAUGGCACAGAGAUCGCACAAACUUACGUCAACAUGUUUCCUCACAGAGUCGGUCGGCUCGUUCUUGACGGUAACCUCUACGCGCGCAAUGAUAGGCUCUUGGCCGGUUUCGGGACAUCAGGACUCGACAAUGUCACCAAUUCCUACCAUGAUGGAUUCCUUGGCGAAUGCGUAGAUGCUGGACCGGAGAACUGCGCCCUUGCUCAACCACUCCAGCAAGGCGAUCCUUUGGUCACAAAGCAAGACCUCAUCGACGUACUGCAGCACCUCUUCGCGCGCCUCCUUCAUCGACCCAUUGCAGGAUACACCGACAAGUCCGGUCCAGUCAUCAUCACGUACUCUCAGCUUGUCAAGGUUCUUCUCCUGGCCUUGCACGAUCCUUUCACGUGGGACGAUCUCGCAGCUGCACUGUACGAGCUGCUUCGCGGCGAUGCCACGCUGAUCUCCCAACAGCUAGAUACAUGGGAUUACGACCCUGCACAGCCAGCUUUGCCGUCCCCAGAUCAUGCACAGCUCGAGAUGAUGAUUCUCGCCAUUUGCUCAGAUCAGUACGACAGCCCCUUGCCUGCCGGAUACGAUGUCGACACCAAUGGCGAGCAGUGGUAUCUCGACAUAUGGAGACAAUUGACGCAUCAAGCAGAGAUCGGAGCAGAUCGAGGCUUUUUAUGGAUGCUUGCGUGUCGUCAUUGGAACUCGACUUUCGCUCCACCCAAGGAAGUGUAUCGUGGAGAUCUGAACCACACUUUGUCGAAUCCUUUGCUGCUCAUUGGAACGACCUACGAUCCAGCUACGCCAUUGCGCAACGCACGAAUGUUGCUGCAAGAGAUGGGUGACAAUGCAAGGUUGAUCGUGCAUCACGGUUACGGUCAUCUAUCUGACGACAAGAGCACUUGUACCGAAAGGAUGGUUAGAUCCUAUCUGAUGGAUGGGAUUGUGCCCCAGCAGCAAGAGACGCAUUGCUUUGCCGAUCAGAAGCCGUACAGGUACGACAACAAUAUGCGCAACCGCUCCUUGUCGCAAGUCAAUGCGCCUCUCAACACUUGUUGCGAACGCGAGCAUACAGUGCGUGCCGAAAGUGAUCAAAUAAAUUUGUGA